AUGAGUGAAAAUUCUGAUACUACUCCAAAUCCAACGAUGGAGUCAGGACCUGGAACUGGCGCAACUGCCACGCAUACUGGUACUGAGCACACGCAAGUAUCUUCUACCACUGCAACUGUUCCUAAGACUGAGUCUAAUCCAGCCGUUGAAUUAAACCAUACAGUUGAUGCUCCUCAAGAUGAAGAAAAUCAAGAGACAGUGGACCACACAACAUCCCAUGAAGUUUCUGCACAACCAGAGGCAAAUCAAAAUGAUAAAGACAACGAAACUUCAAGUGAGGCUCACGCUGUAAAGACAGAUUAUGUUGAUUCUUUAUCUAACGCAGAUGCAGAGGAAGAUAGUACACCAUCAACUUCGAAAAGACCGAGAUCAGACAAUGAUGAUGAUGACGAAAAUAAUGAAAACGAAGAUGACGAUGACGAUGACGAUGACGAUGACGAUGAAGAUGAAGAUGAAGAUGCAGCUCCAAGUAAGAGACAACGUCAAGAAAGAAACAGAUUCUUAGAUAUUGAAGCUGAGGUCAGUGAUGAUGAGGAUGAGGACGAGGAUGAAGAAGAAUCUGAAUUAGUAAGAGAAGGUUUCAUUACUCGUGAUGAUGAGCAUGAAGAGGAAGGACAAGGAAGAGACCGUCUACAUAGAGAACUGGAUCAAAACAUGAACAAGACAUCAGAAGAAGACGCCCAGAGACUGGCAAAGGAAUUAAGAGAAAGAUAUGGUAGAACAAGUUCUAAACAAUACCGUGCAGCUGCCCAAGAUGGUUACGUUCCUCAAAGAUUUUUAUUACCUAGUGUUGAUACAGCUACUGUUUGGGGUGUUCGUUGUAGACCUGGUAAAGAAAAAGAGUUGGUGAAAAAGUUGUUUAAGAAGAAGUUAAACUUAGAUAGAGCAAUGGGUAAGAAGAAAUUAAAAAUUCUUGCUAUCUUCCAAAGAGAUAACUAUCAUGGUAGAAUUUAUAUCGAAGCUCCAAAGCAAUCUAUUAUUGAGAAAUUCUGUAAUGGUGUUCCAGAUAUUUACAUUAAUCAAAAAUUACUAAUCCCUGUACAAGAAUUGCCACUGCUAUUGAAACCAAACAAAUCCGAUGACGUUACAUUGGAAGAAGGAAAUUAUGUCCGUAUUAAGAGAGGUAUUUAUAAGGGAGAUUUGGCUAUGAUUGACCAAAUUAGUGAAAACAAUUUGGAAGUCAUGCUUAAAGUAGUUCCUCGUUUAGACUAUGGUAAGUUCGACGAGGUUGAUCCAACAACAGGACAAAGAAAACCAAGAAGAGCAACAUUUGCAAAUAGAGCUUCCCCACAAUUAUUCAAUCCAACUAUGGCAUUAAGACUUGAUCAAGCUAACUUAUACAAGAGAGAUGAUCAUCAUUUUACAUAUAAAAAUGAAGAUUAUAUUGAUGGUUACUUAUUUAAGUCAUUUAGAAUCCAAUACAUUGAAACUAAAAAUAUUCAACCAUCUGUUGAAGAACUUGCCAGAUUCAGUUCGAAGGAUGGUUCUGUGGAUUUAUCUAACAUAUCUCAAACUUUAAAGAAAUCCCAAGCAUCAAAGGUAACUUUCCAAGCUGGUGACCGUGUUGAAAUUCUAGUAGGUGAACAACGUAGUUCUAAAGGUAUUGUUACAAAGACGACAACCGAUAUCGCAACAGUGAAAUUACCUCAAUUCCCAUUAAAACCAUUGGAAUUCCCUAUCUCAUCUUUAAGAAAGAUCUUCGAACCUGGUGAUCAUGUUACUGUAAUUAAUGGUGACCAUCAAGGUGACGCUGGUCUGGUUUUGAUUGUAAAGCAAGGUCAAGUUACAUUUAUGUCUAAUCAAACGAGACAAGAAGUUACUAUUACGGCUAAUAAUCUUUCCAAAUCUAUCGAUUCCACUCCAACGUCUAGUGAAUACGCUUUACAUGAUAUUGUCGAACUGAGUGCAAAAAAUGUGGCUUGUAUCAUUCAAGCAGGUCAUGAUAUAUUUAAAGUUCUUGAUGAAGGUGGUAAAGUGUUUACAAUUAAUAAAGGUUCCAUAUUGAGCAAGAUUAAUACAAACCGUUUACAAUUAGCCACUAUUGAUAGUAAAGGUAGAGAGAUUAAGAUUGGUGAUAGUGUCAUAGAGAAACUAGGUGCACGUAGAGAGGGUGAGAUUUUAUUUAUUCAAAAUCAACAAGUUUUUGUUAUGUCCAAGAAAAUUAUUGAAAAUGCUGGUGUAUUUGUUUUGAAUACCAGUAAUAUUGAAGCUGUUGCAUCAAAAGACAAUAUAUUAGGCAAUAAAAUGGAUUUGAGUAGAAUGAACCCAGACAUAAUAUCAAAAAUGGGACCUCCAUCAGCAAUGACCCCACGUCCUCAAGCCGGUCCAGCACGUGAAGUUGCUGUCGGUAAGACUGUAAGAAUUCGUUCUGCAGGGUACAAAGGUCAAUUAGGUAUAGUAAAAGAUGUCAAUGGUGAUAAAGCCACCGUUGAACUACAUUCCAAAAAUAAACACAUUACAGUUGAUAAGAGGAAAUUGACUUAUUACAACCGUGAAGGUGGUGAAGGUAUCCUUUAUGAUGAGCUUGUUAAUAGACGUGGUAGAGUUCCACAAGGUAGAAUGGGUCCAAGUUAUGUUAGUGCUGGUAAUCCAAUGAACACUGGUAGACAACCGGGUGAAAUGAAUACAACAUUACCAGGUGGUAUGACACCGGGCUGGAACAAUGCAUUCGAUGGUGGUAAAACGCCGGCUGUUAAUUCACAUGGUGCCAGCUCUGGUGGUACAUCUGCCUGGGGUGGCGCUUCUACAUGGGGUGGUCAAUCUGGUGGUACAUCCGCUUGGGGAUCCACUGGUGGAUCAUCUGCAUGGGGUGGACAAGGAGCUGGUGCUACUUCUACAUGGGGUGGUGCAUCUACAUGGGGUAACAAGUCUAGUUACGGUGGUGCUUCUACAUGGGCUGCCGGUGGUGAUAAUAACGGUGCUACGUCUGCCUGGGGUGGUGGUGCUACUUCCGCUUAUGGUGGUGCGUCCACUUGGGGUAACAAAGAAGGUGGUGCCUCAGCAUGGGGUGGUAACAGAAAUAAUAACUCCAAUGACAAUAAUAACAAUCAUGAAGGUAAUGCUUCUGCUUGGGGUAACAAUAACCAACAGCAAGGUAAUAGAUCAGCAUGGGGUAAUCAAAAUAACGGUGGGAACAGUACAUGGGGUUCCAAUUAG